CAAGCAACACUCAAACGGCAGGCGUCUUCGUGCUCUGUUCAGUCAAUUUCACACAAUACUUCCCCGUAACCCAAUUUCAACGGCUCAGAAUCGGAAUCAUGGCUCCCUUCCACAUCGGCGCGCUGGUGUACAACUACCAGGCAAUCGACGUCAUCGGUCCUUUUGAUUUACUCAACUCUUCUGGGAAGGCUCUCCUCAACGCCAUGAGCUUCUUCAUCCCCAUCGACAAAAAGGUCCUCUCCGACGCCCCCGAGUUCGUGUUCCACCACAUCGGCGAGACUCUCGACCCCGUUCACCUGCUCACCAGUUCCGUCACCAUCGUGCCCAACACCACCGUCGAAGACUGUCCGGAUUUGGAUGCCCUCCUCAUCGGCGGCCCCAACGUCGCCGACUUCGAGCUUUCCCCGAAGUAUGCCGAUUUCAUUCGCCGCCACGUCGCCGCCGGCAAGCUACUCUUCACGAUCUGCACCGGCGCCGGUGUGGUGGCGUCGACCGGAGCCCUUGACGGACGAACCGCCACAAUCAACAACCAAGAAUUCCACUGGACGAAGAAGCAGUACCCCAAGGUCAACUGGACCAAGGACAAGAAAUGGGUGGUCGACGGAAACAUUUGGACGGGCAGCGGUGCCGUGGCGGGCAUGGACAUGAUCGCCCAUUGGAUCAAGGAGAAUUAUGGCUUGGAUGUGAUGACGCAGGGAACGAGUGGGCUGGACUACGAGCCGAGGGAUAUUGAUGGGGCAUUUGAUACCGUGUUGAAGCAGAGGUAUGAUGCUAGUGGGAAGCGCUUGCCUGCGCACAUAUUCCCGUGAUCGACCGCCAAGUCAAGUCGGCAGCAACUAGGUAUUCUAGAAGCUAGAGAAGACCAGUGAACGUGUCAGCCGAUCUCUGUAAACAAAAUUUCUUUGUUCCCCG